CGCGCAGCAACUUUCCCCGUUAAUUGUUGAGAUAAUACGGAAUAAAUUGUUCUAAACUAUUUAAAAAGGUGUAAUAAUUAGUUUAAACAGUUAAUUAAUAAAGUGUUGGUGGUUUAGGGCUGUUGUGAGCUAGUUAAAUGGUGAAAUGAGUGUUUUUGUCGGGCGUAGAAUUCUCAGACCUCGAUUUGGUCUAUUUAUACUCUCGACACCAUACGACCCACGCGUCGAUGGCGGUUGAGCAGUUCAAAAGUGUUUACCCAUUUCACCGCAUCGAUUCUACAUAUUUGCGACGCCGUACGCAUUAACACACCGGGAGGGGAUAUAUUUUGAUAUUUUUCGUCGUCAGCACCUCGAAACACCUUGAAUCAAUCAAAUAAACAAUCGAACUCGAGCCUGAGGGUUUCAUAAACCCGAUUCUGUUGCUCUCGUGGUACCUUUCCAGUGGCACCUGGGGAUUGUCUACCAAUGGUCGGGCGACUUGCGGAGAGGCGCUAUCAAUUAGCAGCUCAGAAGCGUAACGACACAGCAUUAAAAUUCGAUUAUUACGUACAAGCUGCAAACUACUUCGAGCGUGAAUGCGGAAAAGCAAAGCAAUUCAAUUCGUGGAACGUUGACAAAGUUAAGCCAACGCACUGGGAUAAUAUCAGGAAGACAGAAGCACUUAACAGACGCCAGAGCCAACUUCAAGAACUUCUGAGGGCAGAGGACGAAGUUUAUAAGCGUGAAAUUGACGAAUCCAAGUCACAAAAGAAUACAAAAGAGGAGAUAACUCUCGAGGCGUUGAAGGAGAAGUUGAGGCAGAAGAGAACAGAGCAGAGCUUGUACCAUCCACGAACUUGUCGAAGGAUCCAAUCGUACUUCAGUUAUCCCACCAGAGAAGAUCGGGAACUGCUGAAGGAGGUGAUAUCCUCUGGGCCGAGUAAAUCAUCACGAAAGAGCCUUGAGAACACAAAUCUUCGCGAAAUGCAGUCGUCAGAGGUCACCAACGACAGCCCCCAGAUGAAGAAGACUGGACAUGUGGACUUUACCAAUCUCGCGGAUCAGGCGAGUUUCAACGUCAGACAUCAGGAGUUCAUGGACAAUCGUGCGGCCUCCACUCGAUCCAACUUUGGUACACUUUCCGCCCAGAGAUUUCAGGAUGAUAAGAGAGAUAGUGACAAGGAUUCGUCUGGACGAAGUUCUGCUGGAUCGCAAGAACGUACCGACUUUUUUGAUGGACAACCACCACAGGAAGGAUGGAAUCUGCCGAAGAAGUUCGCUGAGAGAUACGCCAAGAGGAGCCUUCAAGAAACCAACGUUCGUGAGACUGGAGGACCAACUCUGAAGCCCAACUUCAUCAACGGAACACAGGAGGAAAGUCAUGAUGAUGUCAAUGAUGUUGUGGAUGAUUCCGUUCAGACCGACAGCCAGGAUGAAUCCCAGGAUAAAGCCGACUACGUUGCUGAGAAGAUGAAGUCUGUAGAACUUCAUUCGCCGGAAAAUCGGGACAAGGAUCAACCCUGGGUACCAGAGUCGUCGAGCACCAUGCUCAUGUAUCUGACUCAUCAGGAAGUGAAGAAGAAGAUCGAGGAUCUGGAGAGCAGGGAACUGAAGGCCAUUCACAAACAGUCCUGGGAGGAGGCUCUUCGUCUCAAGGAUAUGAAGAAUCGACUGGAGCUGUUCAGGGACAAACAGUUUUAUCUCCGGGAUGACAUCAGCAUCGAUCCGGAACUGAGGAAGUUGGCACUGAAGAGCAUCGAGGCCCGGACCAAACAGCUGAGUAAUCGAGAACAGUUCUGUGUACAGUCACAGAUGUACAGUGAGGAGGCGAAGCUCAUGUGGAGUGUGUGGGCUGAGGAGGACAAAAAGCAUUCCAUCAGCGAUGAAAAAGAUGAGAGGGAUUUUCUUCUGCAUCAGCUUGAGGAGGAGUGGGAUAUUCUUCAGCAGGAGGAGAAGCAGAAAAUAUUUUAUGAUUAUAUGCAAAUCAUGAACAAAUCUUUCUCACAGCAUGAGAUGGAUCUGCUCGCCAAAUUGACCAAACAGAAGUUCUAAUGGAUUUCGAUGGGAGAUCUUUCACUGACGAAACUCACGAGCUUUUGGUGGAUAGUUGGUUGGGUUGAGGAGGGGGCAUUUUUAGGUUCAUCACACGCAUUUUGUAUUUUGUUAAGAGUUGACUAUGUUUAUUGAUUAAUUUAAGAUUAAUCCGUCCCUGUUGAGGCAUUCAGAGACUAGGAUUUCGCUUAUUGUGUGAAUUUUUCGUACUUUCACUCAUUUUCACCGACAAUUUUGAUUUUUAGAAAAAAAAAUUGUUACGAUAAUUGAAAAUUUCUGUAUCUCUACUGCCACUCUUCGAUUAAAAUGAUAUUGAUGUUGAUAUUUGCAAUAACAAUGCAACACUGUGAGCUUUGAUGUUUGUAGUGAUGUCGCGGCGAUUUAAAUCGUCCGCCAUUUUUCUAUGUUGCAUAAAUGAAACACUAAAUAGCAA